CUAAUGUAAAGGAUUACCAGGACGCUUGUGUUUGACUUUUUUGUUUUGCUUUUUCUUUUGUCUUGCAUUUUUUGGCUAUUUAUACACUCCGGGGACAACAUUUCAUACUUGGAUCAUUACUGUCACAAAGUCUGCAGAAGAAAUGAAGAAAUUGAUCUAUGUGGCUCUUUUAACAUUUGCAUUACCUUGCAUGGUUGAUGGCAGCUGCCCAGCUGUGUGUGAAUGCCCUGCCGUGCCCCCGAUGUGCCCCGCUGGCGUCAGUCUGGUGUCUAAUGGUUGCGGGUGCUGUAAAGUCUGUGCUGCGCAACUCAACCAGGACUGCAAUACUCACAAACCCUGUGACCACCAUAAGGGUUUGGAAUGUAACUAUGGCAAUGAUGUGAUGAUGGGAACAGGAAUAUGUCGAGCUAAACUAGAGGGCCGCAGCUGUGAGUACAACGGGCGAAUGUAUCAGAACGGCGAGAGCUUCCGUGUGGGCUGCAAACACCAGUGUACGUGUAUAGAUGGAGCGGUGGGUUGCGGGCCUCUCUGUACCACGGAUCUGCCUCUCUCAUCACCCUCCUGCCCCUACCCUCGACUGGUACGGGUGCCUGGUCAAUGCUGUUUUAGUGUGGACUGCCACAAAGGGGCAAUAACACCACUGAUACCCCCAUGGAAAACGAAACAGCACGCUAAAGGUCCUCUAGAUGAGAACGAUGACGUGCUGGGGAACGGGAAUAGAUGGGAAGACGAACAGGGAUAUAAACACUUAACAAACCCAUGGGCCAUUGUUCAGAAGCGAUGUGUAGUCCAGACAACUGAAUGGUCUCCAUGUUCAAGUAGUUGUGGAAUGGGCGUGUCCUCUCGAGUAACUAACGACAAUGCUCAGUGCAAGCUGGAGAGAGAGACUCGUCUGUGCAACAUACGACCCUGCAGCCUAUUGGCUGCUGUUCCCAAGAAAGGGAAGAGGUGUACACGCAUGCAGAAGUCACGAAAACCUGUUCACCUGUCCUACGCAGGCUGCCGCAGUAUCCAUGCUUACCAGCUGAACCACUGUGGCACAUGCAUCGAUGGGCGGUGCUGCAUGCCACGGCGCACCCGCACCGCCUCAGUCCCUUUCCAGUGCCCUGGGGGAGGGCGUUUCGACAAAGCUGUCAUGUUCAUCUACUCCUGCAAGUGCGGACAAGACUGUGGGCACCUAAACGAAGCAGCCAUGCCACCGCAGAAGUGGCUUUAUGGAGACACGCACAAGUUCAUUGACUAACUUUCCGUGGACUAUAUAUGGGAUAACAUGACUGUAUCAUGACAACAGUGCACAACACAAUUGCACUGACAUGAGAAUAUUUAAGUGUAGCUUAUAACACAUAGAACGAUUCUGACUCCAGGGAAGGCGUAUACACAUUAUGGUCCCGUUUUUUUGGUUGAGAGUUCUGCUGGUCAGCAAGGAUGAUUGAUGCAUCAUUUUAUUGCAUAUACAUUUUUUAUCUAUAGGAAUUAAGUAUUCUGUAAAACUGACAGCUUCAUGCAAAUCCUAAUGAGAAAAAAAACAGAGCUUGUAAAAUAUUUGCAUGAAUUAACUAGUCAAGACAAUAUUAGAUCUUGUUUGAUUGCAUCACACCUAAGUGUUGUAGGUUUUUUAUGCAAAAUGAUUAGUCCAAGUUGAAAAAUGUCUAUUUGAUAAAAAGAAGAGACAAAUUGCCAAAAAAAAAGACAUUAGGUAAAGAAUAAAACACAUGUCGUCAUAGGAAAACAAUCAGUGACACAGCGGGAUGGCGCAAUUGUUACAUAUCUCUUGAAGUAAUCUGGAAACCAACAAUUUACACAGAUCUAAACAACCUUCUGUGGCAGAAAUGUUGGCAACUACUACAAACCACUGACACUGGAGACUCCUUACUGUAACAUUUAAUAAAUGUCUCCUUAGAUAAAGUUUUAUAAUCACAACUGCUAUGUGAAAAGUCUGCUGAGAAACAGCAUAUUCAGCGUGUGUGUGUGUGUGUGUGUGUGUGUAAACAGAAACAAAGUAAACAAACUUCUCUACACACACACAUUAUGAAUUCUUAAUGAAACACUCAGUCACUUACAUGCAUUACAUAACUUCUCAUAAAUAUUUUCAGUAUUAUCAGUCAAUUUGAUAUAGCAGGACUGAUACAAGUCUUAUAACUUGUAUGUGUAUUAAUUUACUAUAAAUUAUCUAUAAGGUAUUGCUCAUGUUGACCGUUUUAAAUCUUAGGCAGCUAAUGUUCUUAAUGUUUGUUUUAUUGCACUUUUACUCAUGAACCUGGAUUGUAACUGCAAUGAAUAACGCAUCCCAGGUUGCAGCACAAGAGAAUAAAGAGUAAUUCUCGC